CUCUCUUCUCUUUCUUGAACCUGACAUGGAUACGGAUAGCCCCCAACCUGCUCGACGGACUCCCCAGGCGUGUCGCACAUGCCGUAGAAGGAAGACGAAAUGCAACGGGGUCCGGCCGAGGUGUCACCACUGCUGUUCCCGAGGCAUCCCAUGUAUCUGGCCGCCGUCAGCCACGGUGACAUCUCGUCCAGACAGCACAUUCGUUCCCUCUGAGUCGUCAGCCCAGUCAGUAACGGAGCCUCGAUUGCCUGAGUUGCGAGUCCUGCGACGGUGCAUCAAUAUAUUCUACGAGCAGGAUCUGUCGUGCACCUUCUGCUCGUUUAUACAUAAGCCGGACCUCGAGAAUAUGUCUGCACAUAAUACACCCUUUCUGGCAAUGGCGAUCAUCUGCCUCUCCUCUCGAUACCUAUCUCCCAAAGAAGCCGAGGAAGACUUCGGCUUAUCGUCUGGCAUCAAGGUGAGUCGCCGGUUUACGCCAGCAGCCAAAGCCAUGGCCAGGGCAACGUCGGAUGAGCCGAGUGUUCCCAACAUUCAGGCAAAUCUAGUGCUAGCAUUAUCGGAGUUCCUCGAUAAUGCAGGGUCCAGCCAUUGGAUGUACGCUGGGACGGCGAUCCGCAUGGCACAAGUCAUGCGGUUGAACCAGGACUACCACCAGACGCACUCCUUGAAGGACCAGGAGAUUCGGCGCCGCACUUUUUGGGCGUGUCUUCUGGUCGACAAGCUGCUGGCAGAUUUCCUCGCCAAGCCGUGCACGCUGUCGUUACUCAACGUUAAUGUGGCGCUGCCCAGCACCGACGCGUCCCUCGCCUACCAGGAGGCGACCCGUGGCUUGACACUAGCUAAUCUGCCCUCAUUUUCGGGUUAUCCGUCGGAGAUUGGAAUACUCCCCUACUUCAUCAAGACAAUAACGCUGUGGAGCGACAUCGUCGAGAUCAGCGUCUGCAAUGACCGCUUCGUUGCGAAGUCCCACGCUCCCACAGACCGGGCGAGCCUCUUCUUCCAGCGUCACCAAGAUAUGCGUGACUGGGAAGCCGCUUUGCCGACCGGGUUCCUGUGGAACAAACAGAAUCUUAUCAACAUAUCUGGGCUCGGUCAAGGGAGAGAAUUUGGGGCGAUGCACUUUCUGAUUCGCAGCGCAUUCUGUGUGGCUCACCAAGCCUACCUCCCGCAGCUGGACGGGUCGGUUCUAACGGAUGCCGUUGACGCUGCAGGGUGGUCGCUGCUGUACCGAGAGCCAACGUUAAUUACAACGUGUGUGAAUAACGCAAUGGCUGUCGGGGGGAUGUUAUUGGAGUUGGUGACCGAGGGGCCCAAAACAAUAUCAGAGCUGCAGUCGGUGUGGAUUGCAUCAUCACUAUUGUCAGUUUCGAACACGUUCCUGUGGAUACAGUAUGCCAACGACCCAGAGUACGCCGACGAGGACACCAUCAAGAAAGCUCAACAGUAUUUCUCCCUUGUUAUGAGCGUGUUGUCGUCUUGGACGGCGUCAUGGAAAGCCGCCUGUCAGUGGCUCAAGACCCUACAGGGGAUGCUGGCCUUGUACCGGGCGGCAUAUCUGGGUCAGAUCGAGGAGUCCAUCCUAGAUAAUGUAGGUGCUGUGACUUCAGCAUCUGAAGUCGAGGACGAGGAUGAUACCGUUGAGCCCCGCUUCAGGCCCAGAGCUGGAGAUGGCUACCCGCCCAUCGCAGCGAUACCGAACCUCUACGCGUGUCUCCGCUUCCUAGCGAGUGACACGUCCGCAGAGCCAAAGAAGUUGCAGUUGGUGUGGAUGCGGUUCGCGAGCGGUUGGCCUUACAAUGACCCUUUUACUGACUACAGCUCGAUUGAGCAGCAGCAUCAUUUCCUGCCGCUGUUAUCGCCUUCACCAUUGAAUAGCUCGGUGUCCUCGGGAAGGAUGCCUAGAAGGGAAGGCUUGCCAUUUUAGGUAUCGGAUCCUGAUAUAACAAUAUCGAUGUGUAACUCAAUUCUGAACAAAAAUUAAUUACAGAUUGCAAUGGUUCUUCUGUGACAGGACCUGCGCGGUUAACUCGAGCACUGUCUCUGCACAGCCGUACGAUGCCUGAUACCCAUAACCACCAUGCCCGUAGUUAUGAACCACCCAGAACCUGCCUAUUUUCUCUCUCUCAACCCGGGGCCCAUCUUCGCGAAGAGGUCUCAGUCCUACUCCAUGACGGAUUACACUGAGACCUUCGAUGCCCUGUCCUUGAGGAACUAAGCUGGGACAUAGCUCGAUACAGCGCUUCAUUAUGCGGAUCGCCAAGUUGGGAUCAGGAUUAGGAUCCCAGUUGUCCAUUUGAUAUGACCCGCCAAGAAUUGUGCCACCACCUUGUUUGGCGGUAAUAUAUAUGUACCUUCUCCAUCUCCGUCGUCUGUGCCGGAGAUCAUAUGCAUGGACCCGGGAUCGUUCCGCACCACAACGAGCUGGCCCCUGACGGGAUGCAGGGUUUUGUCAUCUACACCCCCCAGCGUCAUAGAAGACAACCCCGUACAGUUGACCACAAGAUCCGCCGUCUUUCCAGAAUGGUGGGCGGUGGCAGCGUCUACGACGUGACUGACGAUUGCUCGCUUGAACUCCACGCCUCUCCGCCGACAUUGGCUCAACAGCCAGGGCAGGUAUACUGCCACAUUGAUGCAGACAGAUGUGAAGUAGUUGGCAUUGUCAACGCCGGGGUCUAGCUGAUGGCUUGGAAUGUUCGCAAACUGUAUAAGUCCAGGAUAAUUAGCGUCAGAUCACAAUAAGGAAACUAGCGUCUGAUGUACAUCUGGGACUACCGUUCGAUACCAGGGACUUGGUUUGAAUCACUCUUAAGUUACGUGAUGGUAGUAGUAUCUGUCGGGAGGUCUCGAUACCUUGAAACUCUACGCCGGCGUCCGGGCAGUUCUGUGCUAGAUACUGUAGGUGAGGCCAAGUAGCUUUUUCCCAUUUUCCUAGUCUACUGCCUUCCGCUCCAAAUCUAUCAGGGUUGUCAGUGUUCGGUCAUUAGAUAGCCAAAGGUUGGGG